AUGGCGGGAAGCCAUCCUAUGCCGGCCGACGAGGAGGAAUUUCACGACGCCAUCCACGCAAACGCCAUGCUCAACGCGGCGGAGGAUUUCAAGCCGUCCGAUUACAGCAACAUCAUCCGACGGUACUCGCACCUCGGCGCCACGCAUCCGAGUAACCCGCUCACUGUCGCGAAAGCUGGCGAAGACGAAAAGUCCGCCGGGGGGAAGACACGCCGGUCGCAAUCCACGGGCGGAGGCGUGAAAAAGGGCAAGGGGUCGUCUGUGGCAUCGACGCUUGGGCGCGCGGCGGCGCGCGUCGGGAGGACGCUGGGCGCAAAGGGCGGGUCGCUGGCGAAGUCCAAGUCCUCCGUGGCGCCCCUUCAGUCUGAUGAUGAGUUCUCCAAGCAAUCCGAGCAGCCGUCGAUGCCCAUCGUGUUGCAACCCUUCAUGGGAUCGUACGGUUCAGAGAAGCAAUCAGAAGUGACGAAGCAGCUGCAGGAGGAGAAUCGACGGCUGAGGGAGAGGAUCGCGAUGCUGGAAGCCGUUCACGCAGAGGAGGCGGAGGAGAGCGACGACUUGGCGCGCCAUCGCGUGCGAAUGCUCAAGUCGUCUAACCUGCAGCUAGAGCACCAGCUGCUCGCGUCGGAGUCGGCUUCACUCACCGCCAAAGCCAUUCGCAACGAGCUGCUGAGCGCCAUGGACCAUCUUCACCGCACUGUCGGCGCGCUGCACGAGCGCGCGGGGGAGGACGAGGCGGAAGGGGAGCAGGCGGAAGCGGAAGCCGCGGAGGACGCGGGCGGGGCGGAGAUGGGGAACUCGCACGCGGGAACUCUGGACCAGACACUGCUGCCAGCUGCCGCGAUUUUAUUCGACGACGCGCAACACGCCGCGGAACAGGAGGAGAAGGAGAGCGCAAGCGCAGCGGCGGUGGCGGUGGCGAAGGGGGUGAGCAAGGUCGGAGCGGCGCAACAGCCGCUGACGCGGCGGAACUCCUUCGGGGGACGCGGCUCCGCCGCCGUCUCCUCCGCCGCCCGCCCCAGCACCCCCACCAGCCGCGGCACCUCGUCGUUCGCUAGCGGCUCGCCACGUGUCACGACCCCGCGCGCAUCCGCGGGAAAGGGGAGCGGGUCGCCCACGGUGGGCGCACGGCGCGGUGGCGCUGCGGCGGGCGCGGCGGGCAGCGUGGGCAAGGGGAAAACCGGCGGCGGAAGCUUCAAUGCGCGCGCGUGGGGAGUCGGCCCCGGGAAGCGGAACGGCGCGGGUGCGAACAAUAAGACCGCGGACAGAAAGACCGCCGCAUUUGGCGCCGCGAAUGACGGCGACGGCGGCAUGGAUUUGACCUCUGCGGGGAGCCGCAGCGCGAGCAUGAAAGACGGGCCGCUAGUGCUGGACCCCUCUAUAGUCACAUCGUCUGCUGUCUCGACGCCGAUGGGCACGCCGCGCGCGGGGAGCACUCCCGCGGAGAGCCCGUUCGGCGCAACGCCGGCCGCGGCAGCCACUCCCGCGCCGACACUUGGCAGCCUACUGGCGGCGUCGGGACAGGUGGCGAUCGCGAAGGAGAAGCUGGAGGAGCUCGCGAUGUGGAGCAAAGAGGCGCGGGAAAAGGUUCUGAUGCUGCUGCCCGCGCCGGGCGGAAAGGUCGGCGAGCUGCCCGCGGAGGAAGGCGCACAGAAGGCGGAGGACGCGGAAGCGGCGGGGGGAGCUGGCGGAGCGGAGAAGACGAGCAUGAAGGCGAUGGGCGCGCCGGAGCUGCCGUGCGCGGGGAAUCGAUUCAUGGCGACGAACGAGGAGGGCGACCCGGUCGCGGGGAUCGCGGCGAACCUCUGCCGCUCCGUCGAAGGGUCCGCGCCGCUGCUGGAGUACGCGCGCGUGCACGAGUUGGAGGGGCGCCUGGCGGACCUCCAUCCGCGCCUGCUCGCGCUCUCGUCGCUCCUCGAUAAUGUCGUCUUCCCCAGCCUGCCCGCCGAGACGUCCAGCGCAGUGCUGCAGGAGAUCCGCGUCGCCAUCGCUGACGUGUACGACACCACGCGCGCGCUCUCCGAGCUGGCGGCGCUCGUGCCAGCUGGCGCGCAGCUAUUCGGCGUGGGGACCGGGGAGAGCCUGAUGCUGGCAGCAGCAGCAGCCAGGGCGGCCGGAGCAGAGGAGGGAGGAGGAGGAGGAGGAGGAGAGGGGGAGAUGAUGGAGGUUCAGCAGAGGCUGGAGUGGGAGAGGGAGAGGAGGAGGAGGGAGGGAGUGAGUGUGGCAGACCUCCCUUCAAUAGAACAGCUGCUGACAGCAGGGCUUGCGGGGAUAGUGGGAGAGGGGGGAGGCUUUGGGGGAGGGAUGGGGGGGGGCGGGGGGGAGGGGGAGGUGCAGGCGCGGGUGGCGGAGGUGGUGGGGAGGUGUCGCAAGGUGGAGGCGCUGUGGCGUGCGGAGAUGUCUGGGCUGCAGGAGGAGAUGGGGUUCUACCGCGGCUGCCACGCUGCUCAGGCAUCACACGUGAAGCAGAUAGCGUCAGCAGCCAAGGACGCCCUGCAGACAGUGUUGGGAGACGCGCAUGAGAUCGUCGCUGCUGCCGCCACCUCCAUCCAAAAGAUUCUGCUGGCAGUGACCGACUUUGAGAGCGAGCCAACGCCGGAGAUGAUGCAGCAGCUCGCAGCCAAGGUCAAGGAGGAGGCGGGCACGUUGCGGCGCUUUGCAGAGCUGCUGCCGCAGGCCUUCUCAGCCGAGGCCAAGGUGGCGGAGGUGUUUGACCCGCUGGAGCGCGAGUUCAAGGAGCGCAUGCAGUGCGGUGAGGGGAGAAACGGUGGUUGGUUGGAUAGGUGUGUCCGGGUGGAGGUGCUUGACCCGCUGGAGCGCGAGUUCAAGGAGAGGAUGCAGGUGAGGAGGGGUGCAGUGCGAGGCGAGGCCAUGGCGGCGGAGGUGCUUGACCAGCUGGAGAACGGCUGGCAGAGGGAGGGGGUGGGGGGGAAGUGGGUGGUCUGA